AUGGUAUACGCUGUUUCCAAGCACUUGAUUGUCGUCGUAUAUCAAGUGGUCCUUCACCCUUUGAAUCAUGCAAGACCUAGUUGGAAGAAGUUCGAGGUUGCCAUUUUACCUUUUUCUGGUAAUUUGAGGUUGCCCUUGGCGGCCAAGGAACAUAAAACAAAAGAGAUUUGCUCCAGUGCCGGAAAUUAUCGACACUAA